AUGGGGAACUGUCAUAAUUGUUUGAAUCAUUAAGCAGAGUAGAUAUAGAUAGUGGUGAAUAAUCCAACAAUAGAGGACAUGCCAUUGAUAUAAGAAUAAUCACCACUUUUAGUUUUGGAUGUAAGAACUUGGUAAAAAGAGACAUAUAGUUUAUAUGAUUAUGAGAAUAACACAUAUAUUCAUUGUUAAUAAAUAUAAGUUAAUGGAAAUAGCUAUUUAACUUGUAAAGCUAACAAAGUUUUAUUUAAUGAAGGUUCAUAUACAACUAAUAGGUAAAUAUCAAGAUCAUCUCUAUAAUUGUAGUGAGAAUAAUGAUGCUGCCCUCUUAUUAAAUUUAGAAUUUGAUAAUGAUAGGAUCUAAUUACUCAAUUUACGUUUUAAUAGAAGAAUGUAAACUAAAGAAUUUGGGGAUGAAUAUUUAAAAGAUGUAAUUCAUUUAAUAUUAUUAUUCUACAAGGAUGGAGAUAAUAAACUCUUAUCUGAAAAUCAGACUCUUCAUGGUGAUAACUAAAUGAGUUUUAACUUUUAAAAGUUACGCACUAAUACUAAUAGACAAUUAAUUUGUGAAAUGUCUAAACCCUCUAAAAUCUGGUUGGUUACUAGAUCUAUUUAAAAUUAUAGUCAUAAUGAAGGAAUAAUAUUAAGAGUAGGAGAUGUAAUAAAAUUAGGAAGAGUUAAACUCAUUGUUAAAGCUAUUUAACUCAAUAAUCAAAUAAAUAAAGAUGAUUCUGAUGAUUAUUCUAUGUGUUCUAUAGUAGAUAAAAAUGAAGAUACAAAAUAAUGUCGUGUAUGUUUAUCUACAGGAGAAACAUUAAUUAAUCCUCUUAUUGAUCCAUGUAAAUGUUGCGGUAGUACUAAAUAUAUUCAUAUUAAAUGUUUAUUAAAAUGGUAUUAUACUAUUCAUUUCAUUCUUUAGGAUACAAUCAAGUUCUCAUUUUAAUUGUAAUCUAUAUUGUACUAGAUUUAUCUGGAAAUCUUUAGAAUGUGAAAUUUGUAAAUACUAAUUUCAACCUAUUUUUGAAAGAAAUAAUAGAACUUAUAAUCUUAUUGAAUUAAGUAUACCAAAAGAACCAUAUAUUAUGAUGGAAUUUUAAUAAAAAAAAUCUGAUAAUCCCUCUCAUAAUAAUGAUAAAAAUGGAGUUUAUAUAAUUAAUUUUGGCAUCAAAAAAGAAUUAAGAAUUGGUAGAAAUCAUGAAGUUGAAAUCAGUAUUGCUGAUAUUAGUGUUAGUCGAGAACAUGCAUAACUUAAAUUAAUUGGUGAUAAAAUUGUUUUAUCAGAUAAAAAAUCUAAAUUUGGCACUCUCGUUUUAUUAAAAAAUAAUAUUACUCUCUUACCUUUAUUAUCUGGUUUAGAGAUACAAAUUAAAAGAACUCUUAUCAAAAUUAAUAAUAAUUAAAAUACUCAAUUAAUUUAAAAAUCAACAGAUUUUGAAUAACUUUUAGGAAGAAUAGAUUGA